AUGUACACCCAAAAGAUUGAUAAAUCACUCUGCUGUGAUGAUUCUCGUAGAUCAGAUUACAUUUCUGUUCUUUUUUUGGCUACCGACAGGAGGUUGUUUAUGCUGCUGCCAUGGAAAGAGAGACCUACUCCAAGUGUCACUGGUGGUGGUCAAAAUGAGAACUCUCAGCGGCAUGCAGAAGAGCUUGAAGACAAAAAAUGCAUACAUGACCCAUCUUGCAAUAAUCUAGAAAUAGCUCAUGAUAAUAACAGCUCGCUACAAGAUGAAAAGAAAAUCCCCAGAAACAAGGUUUGUCCAUGUGGCUCAAAGAAGAAAUACAAGUCUUGUUGUGGAUCAGCUGCGGGAAGAUCUGCUAGUAGAUUUGCAGUCAACCAAACAUUUGACAAUGGCAAGGUUCGAAAAGAUAAAAAGCAAGGGAAGAAAGGUGGACCGGUUGCUGUGAAACCUCAAGGAUCUGAUGGAGGGCUGCCUGAUGAGGUUGUUUAUGCUGCUGCCAUGGAAAGAGAGACCUACUCCAAGUGUCACUGGUCUCUUCUAUGCUACUUUUCGCAUGUGACAUUCAUCUUCCUUUUUGCAAUGAUAGUCUUGACUAUCAACAAACAAUGA